UUAAUAUUAUUUAAUAUAUAUAUAUAAAGGGCAAUUUCACUAUUUAUGCAUAAUAGUGGGUAUAAUUACUAAAUAAUACCAGCACUAAUAAGUUUUUCAAAUUGGUGCUAAACUUUCAACAAGUACCAAAAAUACCCCUCUCAUUUUUUUUCCACUCAAAUUUUUUCCCACACAAACUCUCUCAUUCUCUCAGUCUCUCAAUCCCGAAACCACUCUCAUAUCUGCAGAAACUCUCUCAUUUUUUCCCAAACCCAAUUCGAAGGAAACCCAAAAACCCCCAAAAACGAAGGAAACCGUCGAUCUCAGGCUCCAUUUUCUCUUCUCCGGCAUCGGUUGUCAAACCCAUCGAGCCAACGGCGACAAAGAAGCUCGAAACCCACGUUGUCGAACCGGUCGAACCCAUCGAACCCAUUUCUCAUUAAGGUAUAUUCUUGAACCCUCGUGAUUAUUUUUGUUGUUUUGAUUCCUUUGAAUCUUGUGGUGUGGAAUGGGUAUGGUAGUUCUUUGGUCUGAGUUUUUCUGUGGUUUUUUCUGGGUUUGAACCAGUAGCUCGAUAGGUUCGAUGAAGGUUUGAUAGAAGCUCGAUGUUAUCCAUGGUAAUAUAUGAAACUAGCUCGAUAGGCUCGAUUAUGGUUCGAUAGUAGGCUCGAUAUGGUAGUUUGAAUGGUUCGAUGGUGGAUCGAUAAGAGCUUGAUGGAUAUGUGGUAUUAGGUUAAAAGGGCUCGAUAGGUUCGAUAAGGUUCGAUAGAAGCUCGAUGUUAUCCAUGGGUAAUAUAUGAAACUAGCUCAAUUAUGGUUCGAUAGUGGGCUCGAUAGGGUAGUUUGAAUGGUUCGAUGGUGGAUCGAUAAGAGCUCAAUGGAUCUGUGGUAUUAUGUUAAAAGGGCUCGAUAGGUUCGAUAAGGGUUCGACAGUAGGCUCGAUGGAUCUGUGGUAUUAAUAAACAGGGCUCGAUAGGUUCGAUAAUUGACUCGAUGAUUUUUUAUGUAGACAUAUUUUGCUUAGCUCGAUAGGCUCGACACUGGCUCGAUAGUGUAUGUUUCAGCUCGAGUAUAGCUCGAUGACAGCUUAUUUCAGUUUUUUGAUGAAAUUAUUUUGAAUUUUUUCCUGAUUAUGUUUAACAUUCUGUUUUCUUACCAAAUUUUUUUCAUGUGUUGUUGCAGAUGCCUAAGUUGCUUGUUCCGUUCAGUGAUCACUUUCCUGGUCGAGUGACAUAUCGGGGUAGUAGUACUCUAAUCACAUUAAGACCAGGUUUUUGGAGCUCGGGCUGCUUGAAAGGGCUAAGGAAUUCCCUUUCAAGCAAUUCUUUUUGGCUUCGGAGUUUAAUUUCUUCGGAGUCUUAGUGCAUCAACUAUUGCUGAGGAAAAUCGCCAGCAACAACGAAGAUGAGGUGCAUUUUUUCUUGGGGUCGAAGUCUUGUAGAUUCGGCAUGGGAGAGUUUGCCCUGGUGAUGGGGUUGGAUUUCAGUACCUUCCCGUCACCAGAAGAGUUGGAAGGGCGUAAUCUCAGUGACCGGUUGAUAAAGGAGUAUUUCAACGAUACUGAGAAAGUAAAGCUCUCACAAGUGGACCAUGCUUUCAAGACUUGUACGGUUGUGGAAGAUGUGUACAAGCUUGGUCUAUGUCUGUUUGUUGAGGGGGUUCUGAAUGCCAUUGAGGGCAAGUUGCACAUUUGGCAAGAUAUUCUAAAAAUUGUUGAGAAUGUAGAGUACUUCUUCAGCUAUCCAUGGGGGAAGUACUCUUAUAGGAGGCUAUUGCAUUCUUGUAAGAAGGACAUGGUGAAGCAAAAUGCCAACUAUGAUGCCAAGGUGCAGCAAGAGUCCAAGUACAGUAUGUAUGGUUAUGCCCCGGCCUUACAGUACUGGGCAUAUGAGGCUAUCCAGCAGCUUGCGGUGGAGCUUGUUGUGAGCUCGGGAAACAUGUUCCCGAGGAUGCUUAGUUGGUUGCAUCGGAGGAACAAGGAUUUCACCAAAUCCAUCAUCGCAUCGAUAUUAUUGAAGAAGAAUUUGAUUGUUCUUUCGAUGUUGAAGCCUCGACUAGCAGAAAAAGACUAUUACUUGUCUUUGACUGAGGGAGAUCUUCCCCUUUAUCCUGGGCUUGGCCAGGAUCCCUCGGAGACUGAUGAGGAGGAGGAUGCGACUUUUGAGAAAAUCGCGGAGAUAGUUUCUCAGGCAGCCAAGAUAUUUGUUGAUGCUGCCUCGGGGGAGGAGGUUGCAGGUCCCACCCCUCCUAUUGCCCCAGCCUCAGCCUUCGCCCCAACAUCAGCCCCAGCCUCAGCCUCAGCCUCAGCGUCAGCCCCAACACCAGCCUCAGCCUCAGCCCCUGAGCUCGCUGACUUGAUUGAGCGGUUGGACAGAGUCGAGGGUCGACAGGAGACCCUCCUGAAGAACUAGUCAGUGAUCUUGCACGUAGUCAGUCAAAUCCUGACAUUUAUUAAGGAGAAACCGAGGGGCUCCAAUGAAGAUUCAGACUCAGAGUCAUUGGAUAUUCCUCUAGACUAUGUUGAUGAUCCAACCACGACUCUUACCAUCAUUGUGACACCUGAUGCUGGGACUCCGGGAGUCGUUAUUGUCAACCCUGAGGAUGUUGCUGAGGUUUAGUUUAAGAGGGCUAGACGCCAAAGACGCAAGCCAGAUUGGUUUGAGGACUACACCGAUCCCACGAGGAAAAGACCUCGCACUGAUGCAGCUACACAGGAGGCUACACAGGUGCUGGACCCUCCCAAGAAGCCAGAUCCCAAACAGUAUAGGACAAUGUGCAAGUGGCUACUUGGAGACAUGCCCAACAAGACCCCGCGGGAUGUAAAGACUGGGAGUCACGGUCCAGCGUGGUUUCUGACGUUGAAGACACCCCAGUCGUGGCUCAAUGAUGGGGUAAGCCAUUUAUACCUAAUGACUCGAUAGUGGUAGAAAUUAUGGACUAUUUUCAAUUUUACAUGUUUUAUUUUUACUGACUCGAUAUGAGCUCGAUGAUAGCUCGAUAUGAGUUCAAUAGGAGUUUGAUGGGAGCUUACAGGAUCGAUGUGAGCUCGAUAGGAGUUCGAUAGGGAUGUUAAAAUAAGGUUGCUCUUUACAGUUUCAGAUUGGCUCGAUGUGAGCUUGAUGGAGCUCGAUAAGAGUUCGAUAGGGAUGUUAAAAUAAUGUUGUUCUUUACUGUUUCGGAUUGGCUCGAUGUGAGCUUGAUGGAGCUCGAUAGUAGUUCGAUAGUGGAGUUAAAAUAGGGUUGUUCUUUACUGUUUCAGAUUGGCUCGAUGUGAGCUCGAUGGAGCUCGAUAGUAGUUUGAUAGUGGAGUUAAAAUAGGGUUGUUCUUUACUGUUUCAGAUUGGCUCGAUGUGAGCUCAAUAGGGAUGUUAAAAUAGGGUUGUUCUUUACUGUUUUAGAUUGGCUCGAUGGAUCUCGAUAGGAGUUCGAUAUGGAUAUUAAAAUAGGGUUGUUCUUUACUAUUUGAGAAUAGCUCGAUGUGAGCUCGAUAGUAGUUCGAUGCGAGCUCGAUGGAGCUCGACAACAGCAAUUUAUGAUGGUCUUUGCUAAUUUUUUUAUCAUACUCUCUUUGUAGCAUAUUGAUGCAGCAGAACACAUGCUUCGUAUGCGUCGCAAGUAUUUCCCCAAUAUAUAUCGACAGAAUGUAGUUGUGAUAAACAUUUAUUUCUCACAAGUGAUACUUGCCCGAUAUGAUCAGUACAAGAAAAUAGUCGACAAAACAAAGUAUACUUGCAAUGCUGACGUUAUGUCCAUGUUGACCGGCAUCGAGCAGCAGUUUCUGGCAUCUUGGGGAGGAGUUGAGGAUGUAUAUUGGUGCCAGAACUAUGGACAACAACAUUGGUUUUUCAUUGAGGCUUCCAUUUCUAGUUAGACUCUGACUGUUUACGAUUGGACAACUCGGUGAUUAGUGACGCAAAGCUUGAGGAAAUUAUGAGUCCAUGGCGCUUUUUGCUUCCUUCUCUAUUAAUGUAGAGUAAACUGUUUACUGAUAGCUUGAUGUUGAAGAUUCCAUCAGCAGGAAACAAGCCGCAUCAGUUCACAUGGCAUCGCAAACAGAAACACGAGCUCACUCAGUCAAAGAGAAGUGGAGAUUGUGGUGUGUAUGUUGUCAAGCAUAUUGAGCAUCUAAUGGUCGGUCUUCCAUUGGAAACUAUAUGCGAUGAAAAUAUGGAGGUGUUUAGGAACAAGUGGGCCACAGACUUGUGGUAUCAAAAUUUGUUACCUUGAUGAUUGUAUAUAUAUAGGGUCUUUACAUGUACAGUUUCUUGUUCACAUUUUCUUAUAACUUUCAUGGGUUGUUAUUGAGCUAAUAUCAAGCUAUAUGGAACUGUUAUCGAAUUAUCAAAAUUUGUUACCUUCAUGAUAAUCUUGUAUACGGGGUCUUUACAUGUACAGUUUCGAACUGUUAUCAUUUUUUUUUAUAACUUUCAUGGGCUAUUAUCGAGCUAAUAUCAA